AUGUGUGCUUCGGAGAGGCGCUGGGGCCGGCGGGCGCGGACUCUGCUGUGCUGCGUCCUGCUGUCGGUGUGGGAGUCGACAUGGGGACAGCUGCGUUACUCGGUACCCGAGGAGAUGCCCAAGGGCUCCUUCGUAGGGGACGUGGCCAAAGAUCUGGGGCUGAAGAUGGCGGUGAUGCGCCUCAUAGAGCGAGGUAGGACGCAGUAUUUCUCUCUUCACGGGAUGACGGGACAUUUAGUGACGGCGGAGAGGAUAGACAGAGAGCAGCUGUGCCGGCUGCUGGAGAAAUGUGUGCUGCGGUGUGAGCUGAUUGUGGAAGGAGAAAUGCAGGUUUAUGAAAUCGAAGUAGAGAUCACGGACGUUAACGACAACGCUCCCAGCUUUCGAGAGCCAGAAAUGCAACUAAGAAUGAGCGAGCUGACAGCGCUGGGCUCGCGGUUUCCCCUCCGAGAUGCACAGGAUCCGGACUCGGGGCCAAAUUCCCUGAAGAGCUAUGAGCUGAGCGGUGACGAGCACUUCUCGCUGGCAGUGCAGGCCGACCACGGCGUAGAUCGGCGUCCCGAGCUGGUGCUAGCCAAGACGCUAGACCGGGAGGAGGCGGCGUUUCACGAGCUGUUGCUGAAGGCGAGGGACGGCGGUGAGCCAUCGAGGACGGGCACAGCACGGAUCCGCGUGGUAGUGCUUGAUGCAAACGACAACGCGCCCGUGUUCAGCGCUGCAGAGUACACCGUGGGUGUACCCGAGGACGUCCCCGUGGGCUCCACCCUCGUCGUCGUCACGGCCACUGAUAUCGACGAGGGGAUAAACAGCCACGUGAAAUACAGUUUCCAUAAAAUUUCAGACGGAGCUUCGGAACUUUUCCACCUUGACGACGAUACAGGAGAAAUAUCUCUUAAGAAGGAAAUUGACUUUGAGGAAGACUCCAUACAUGAGCUCGAGAUACAGGCACAUGACGGAGGAGAGCUUUCUGACACUACGAAAGUGGUGAUUACAGUGACAGACGUCAAUGACAACACACCCGAAUUGACAGUGACUUCACAGCUGAGCGAGAUCUCUGAGGACGCCCCUUCGGGGACGGUGGUGGCCUUGCUGCAUGUGCAGGACCGGGACUCAGGAGCAAACGGCCAGGUGCGGUGCUCCCUGGACGCGGGAGUCCCGUUCCGACUGCAGAGCUCUCGAGGCAGCUAUUACAGUGUGGUGACGACGAGGCAGCUGGACCGGGAGGAGGUGUCGGAGUACAAUGUCACGGUGAGGGCGGCCGACGGCGGGUCGCCGUCGCUAUGGAGCAGCACCGUGCUGACCCUGCGGGUGCUGGACGUGAACGACAACGCGCCGGUGUUCAGCGAGGCGAGCUACAGCGCCCGGCUGCCCGAGAACAACGCGGCGGGCGCGCUGGUGCUGACGGUGCGGGCGCGGGACGCGGACUGGGGUCAGAACGCGCGCGUGCGGUACCGUCUGGGCGAGGGGCGGGUGCGUGGCGCGGCGCUGUCGUCGUACGUGUCGGUGCAGGCGGAGACGGGCGCGCUGUACGCGCUGCGCUCCUUCGACUACGAGGAGGUGCGCGAGGUGGGGCUGUGGGUGCUGGCGGAGGACGGCGGCUCGCCGGCGCUGAGCAGCAACGUGUCGGUGCGGAUCGUGAUCGUGGACGAGAACGACAACGCCCCGCAGGUGCUGUACCCGCCUGCGGCGGGCGUGUCCGGGGCCGGUGUCCGUGGCUGGUCGGGGGUGGAGCUGGCACCGCGGUCGUCGGAGCCCGGGGCGCUGGUGGCCAAGGUGGUGGCGGUGGACGCGGACGCGGGGCAGAACGCGUGGCUGUCGUACGAGCUGGCCAAGGCGACGGAGCCGGGGCUGUUCCGCGUCGGGCUGCACAGCGGCGAGGUGCGCACUGCGCGCUUCCCGCUGGCCCGCGACGCUGCCCGGCAGAGCCUGGUGGUGCUGGUGAAGGACCACGGCCGGCCGGCGCUGUCGGCCACGGCCACGCUGACCGUGGUGCUGGCCGAGAGCGUGGCCGAGCUGCUGGCCGAGCUGGGCAGUGAGGCAGCGGCGGCGGUGCCGGGCGAGGCGGCGGGCAGCCUGACGCGCUGGCUGGUGCUGGCCGUGGCGGCCGUCUCCUGCCUCUUCCUCGCCUUCUUGCUGCUGCUAAUAGCACUGCGCCUGCGGCGCUGGCGGCGCUCGCAGCUGCCUCCUCCGGCGGGCGGUGUUUUACGCGGCGUUCCAGCCACGCACUUUGUGGGCAUCGACGGCGUCCGCGCCUUCCUGAGCUCCUACUCACAGGAGGUGUCUCUCACUGCCGACUCACGCAAGAGCCAGCUUCGCUUGUCACCCGGUAGCUGCUGCGACACCCUUCCGGCCCGCCCUCUGCCUGACGAGCACGCGCUCGGUGAGGACACUGCCUGCACCCACCCACCCGAAGCCGACGCUGCCCCGGUGUUGUGCGAUGAUGGCUCAGCGUGUCAGUCAGUGUGGGAAGCAGUAGUGACCGGCUGCGUUUGCCCGGAGUUUGGUUAG